GUAGCGGCCGCCCGUCCGCGCCGCCGAGGGGAGGCCGCGCCGAGCGGGGCCGGGAGCGGAGCGGGGCCAUGAGCGACAUCCGGCACUCGCUGCUGCGGCGCGACGCGCUGAGCGCCGCCAAGGAGGUGCUCUACCACCUGGACAUCUACUUCAGCAGCCAGCUGCAGAACUCGCCGCUGCCGCUCGUGGACAAGGGCCCCACGGAGCUGCUGGAGGAGUUCCUCUUCCAGGUCCCCAAGGAGCGCGGAGCGCCGCCCAAGAGACUGACCCCACUUCAGGAACUUCAGCUCCUUGAGAUCAUGUGCAAUUAUUUCCAAGAGCAGACCAAGGAUUCAGUCCGGCAGGUCAUCUUUUCAUCUCUCUUCAGCCCCCAGGGGAACAAAGCAGAUGACAGCAGGAUGGCUCUGCUGGGGAAGCUGGUCUCCAUGGCAGUGGCUGUCUGCAGGGUUCCUGUGCUGGACUGUGCUGCCUUCUGGCUGCAGAGGACCCCAGCUGUGUUCUGUGUGAGGCUGGCCCGAGCCCUGGUGGAUGACUACUGCAACCUGGUGCCAGGCUCCAUCCAGACCCUGAAGCAGAUCUUCACUGCCAGCCCUCGCUUCUGCUGCCAGUUCAUCACUUCAGUCACAGCUCUCUACGACCUCUCCUCGGAUGACCUGAUCCCUCCCUCGGACCUGCUGGAGCUGAUUGUCUCGUGGAUCUUUGAGGACCCUCGCCUGAUCCUCAUCACCUUCCUGAACACCCCCAUUGCAGCCAGCCUGCCCAUGGGCUUCCUGGAGCUCACCCCGCUCACCGGCCUCAUCCGCUGGUGCGUCAAGGCUCCCCUGGCCUACAAGAGGAAGAAGAAGGCCUCUCUCUCCAAUGGACACGCUCCCAACAAAAUUGCCAAGGACUCGCCUUCAGGAGAAGACAGGGAUUGCCACCAGCUGUAUUCCAAGCUGCAUCUGAGUGUCCUGCAGGUUCUUAUGAUGCUCCAGGGGCAUUUGACAGAGAAAAACCUUUAUGGGCGCCUGGGGCUGGUGCCCUUUGACCACGUGGUUCCCCUGGUGGAGGACAUUAACAGACUGUCUGAUGAACUCAAUCCUCUCAAUGCAUCCAAAGAGAUUGAACUUGCUCUGGACAGGCUGGCUCAGGCUUUGCAAGUGGCCAUGGCAUCAGGAGCUCUCCUGUGCACCAGAGAUGACUUGAGGACUGUGUGCUCCAGGCUACCACAUAACAACCUGCUGCAGCUGGUGAUGUCGGGCCCGGUGCAGCAGCCGGCGCACGGGGCGCUGCCGCCGGGCUUCUACCCGCACAUCCACACGCCGCCGCUGGGCUACCCCGCGCUGCCCGCGCACCCCGUGCAGACCUUCCUGCCCGCCGUGCCCUUCCCCUACCGGCCCAUCCGCUAGCCCAGCCCGCCGGCAGAGCCCACACACAGCCGGGAAUCGCCUUUCCCUGCUCGGAGCAGAGCCCAGCGGGAUGCAGACCCCGGGCAAAGCCGGGGCACGGCAGCGGGAGACGUCAGCUCCAGACUCUGCAGUGUCCUCGCAGCAGGGUGAGCCCGGCUCAUCCUCCUGAGGGAGGGCCACAAGGCAAGGCCUUGUGUGAUUUGUUUGUUUUUUUUUUCCGAGCUAUUCCACUCCAGGCUGCUUGUUUCUUUGUAAAUGUUUGUAUCUAUAGCUACAGAGUAUGUGUACACUGUAUAUUUUUGGAAAGGCAAACGUUUGUUUCUGAAGCACAAGGUAGAGUAAAGCAGCACUUCCUAUUAAAGGAAACAAUUUAAGAAGCAUAAAAGAAAUUUGCUGCUUUCUUUUGUGAA